AUGUUCAAUCUUUAUAUAUAAUUUUUUAUUUUUUAAAUACGAAUCUAUAAAUUAAUUAAGUCAUCGGCAAUUUCUAAUGAUGGAUUUAAUUCCUGUAAAGAUUAAUUAAAUGAUUGUGUAUGGAUAUAGGAAGGGAAACAGUAAAAUGAAUAGCAACAAAGUCGUGUAGAAUCUAUUCUUACAGCAAUUGAAUUGGUGAAUUGGGUCAAAGAAUUGGGACAGCAACUAUUUGAAAGCUAAGCAAGGCACAAUCAAUCCAACAACGAGAAUCAUGAUAAAAUAGGCAAUUUUGUAGGAGAAUAAUUCUUAUUUCUGACAAGAGUAGCAAAUGCCUUUAGUUGAUGAAAAGAGUUCAAGUUGAGCAUCACAGUAUAGACAGAAACUGGAUUUACAGAAAUUGCAUUGCUUGAUUGAUCCGUUCUAUACAAAGUUGUAGACUUUACAUUUCUUACAGGUGAAACCUUGUUGAAUUAGUUGCCAACAGGAUUCACAAAUGUGUUUUUAGUUGUGAAACA